CUUGGACAUGGUCCACCACGAGUGGAGCCAGCCGCUUCAGCCCCCUACCUGUCUCAUACCUGGGACGUCGUUCCCUUGCAUUGUGGAUUGGAGUUGACCUGGCGGAAAUCUAGCUGGGCGACCCACAUGGAAUGUGUGAUGGCCUAUCGGAUCGUCCCAUCCUGCCCUACCCCGUAUUGUAGCCCUCGCGAUUUGUCGUGCCGCGCCUCCCCGUCGCUGGGAAAUGUCGAUCCCAUGGGCGGCCUGACGGCAUCGACCAUCAUCUAUUUGUGGUGGUAGGAGGCCUUGAUGGGGACGAUUGUCACCCUGGUAUGGAUAGACAUUUUCUAGACAGCGAGAUGGCAGCACAACGCAGUCGAGCUGGCAGACCGACGACGGGUAUAAAGCCCGUCAUUGCACCUGGGCUGAAGAUGGUCUCCUAUGCCAACCACAGAACUGACAAACUUCUACCAUCGCCAAAAGAUCCAACUCCAGAGUAUCAUUUACAAUGAAGACCUCCGUCAUCGUCGCUACCAUCGCCUCCCUGGCCUCCCUGACGGCCGCGUUUGACGUCGCUGUCACCUUCCGCGGCGGCCGUGGAGAACGGUUCGGCCAGUCCUUUCCCACUGAUGCCUCUAGCCAUGCCAUUACCAAUCCGAUGAUCGUCUUCGAAAUCUCCUCUCCCGGAGGAGGAUUCUGCACCUUUGUCGGUGCCGAGGGUGAAACCGUAGUGAUUUACGCGGAGGACAGGAAGAAGCUGAAGAAGCCCCAGCGAAUGGUGCGCGGAUCGUGCGACAAUGUUUAGUUGGUCUUGGAUGAUGUUACACAACAGACAUGGAUAAUGUCGGCGAUGGUGUAUGAGACUGAAUCGCGUUAAUGGGUGCAUUAGGAUGAUUUGAAAUAUCAGUCUAGUGCUUUGCU